AUGUAUCUUGCUAAUAAUACAAGGCCUGAUAUUGCAUUUUCUAUUAAUCUGUUAGCAAGAUAUAGUUCUUGUCCAACACAAAGGCACUGGAAUGGCAUCAAACAUAUAGUGCGUUACCUCCAAAGAGCAGUUGAUUUAGGAUUAUUUUAUGCAAAAGAUUCCAAAUUGGAGUUGGUUGGAUACGCAGAUGCUGGAUAUGAUCCGCAUAAAGCGCGAUCCCAAACUGGUUAUUUGUUUAUAAGUGCAGGUGCUGCUAUAUCUUGGCGUUCUACUAAACAGACAUUGGUUGCCACUUCUUCAAAUCAUGUUGAGCUAAUCGCUAUUCAUGAAGCAAGUCGAGAAUCAGCAACCAUAUAUGAAGACAAUGCAGCAUGUAUCGCCCAGUUGAAGGAAGGAUACAUCAAGGGAGACAGAAUAAAGCACAUUUCGCCAAAGUUCUUCUUCACUCAUGACCUUUAG